UGACUGCACAACUGUCAGUUAAAGUAACGCAGCGCCAUAUCAGGGGCCACAGUGUUCCCUCUUACAUCAGAGCAGGGGCGGACUGACAACUCAUGGGGCCCCCGGGGAAAAAGGGGAUCAUGGGGCCCCUGUUUCCUUGCCCAAACUCAAAAAAGCCUAUGAAAAAGGUACCAGGGGCAUCUCAUGGGGCCCCCUACUGACCCCGGGCCCUCGGGCAGUGCCUGAGUUUCCAAAUGGUCAGUCUGCCCCUGCAUCAGAGUUC